GACAACUGGAAGGCUCCAGGUGUGACAAUUUUCCUACCGUUGGAGGCUGAGAGAGUGAAACUGCCCCAGUGCAAUGUCCCUCUCACUAUGAAACUCCUCCCGUACAGGUUACGUCAUCGUCGGGAACGACGGACAACCGACAGAAACGCUUUGGGACUCGUCAUUCUCUCAUCACACCUGAGCCAUGAAGCACAACCGUCACGUUCAGUUCACAGACAAUGUCGACUCGUUCGCUGGAGCAUACUAAAGGAUGGGUCUUCCACUCAACAAGUGCAAGGAAACAGGCCCUCGGUCAAUCUGCACUGCACAAAGCGGCGACUAUCUCUUAGCAAACUUGAAUGAGUAAUUUGAGGUGCUUGAUAAGGGUAAUGGCAUCGACAGACCAAAAAGGCUUCCACAUCUGCACACCACUGCAUAAAAGCCUGGCACUCUCAAAGGUAGCAGGGACCACGGUCUACAUGAAACUUGAGAAUGUGCAGCCAACAGGAUCCUUUAAGAUAAGAGGCAUAGGACAUUUGUGUCAAAAGGCAGCAGAGGAAAGCUGCAAACAUUUCGUAUGUUCUUCCGGAGGGAACGCUGGCCUGGCCGCUGCCUUUUCUGCUCAAAAGCUGCAGAUUCCUGCCACCAUUCUGGUGCCCAGUAGCACACCCGAAUUUACCAUUCAGAGGCUGAAGGAAUAUGGAGCACUUGUAGAUGUGGUUGGUAAGGUUUGGGAUGAUGCUAAUGAACAGGCAUUAAAUUUGUCUGAAAAAGAUGGCUGGGAAUAUGUUCCUCCGUUUGAUCAUCCCUUGAUCUGGGAAGGAGUUGCCAGUAUUGUGAUGGAGCUUUGGGAGGCACUUCCGUCCAAACCUGGGGCGAUAGUUCUCUCAGUUGGAGGUGGAGGCCUGCUUUGUGGAGUGGUAGAAGGCCUGAAGAAGGUGGGUUGGUGUGAUGUGCCUAUAGUUGCCAUGGAGACCAAAGGCGCCAACAGUCUGAAUGAGGCAGUGAAGGCUGGGAAGUUGGUCACGCUUCCUGACAUCACAAGUGUAGCCAAAACCCUUGGCGCUAAGACCGUGUGUGCAAAAGCCUUUCAGAACACACAGGAGUACACUAUCCUCUCGGAAGUAAUCAGUGAUCACCAGGCUUUGGAAGCAGUGGAGAGAUUUUUAGAUAAAUAUUUCUACUUUGCAGCUGUGGUGCUGUUUUGCUGUCCUGUUGGGAGCCAUUUUAAAGAACCCAGUUCAUUGUCUCACUGUCCUCCUAAAGUGUAGCAUUGUGUUUUCAUUUUUAUUUAGGGAUACAGUACGGUAAGAGGCCAUUCUGGCUUAACCAGCCCAUGCCGUCCAAUUACACCCAUGUGACCAGUUAAAAUAUUAACCCAGAGCAACACGCACAAAAUUCUGCAGGGACUGAGCAGGUCGGGCAGCAUCCAUAGAAGUGAAUAAAUAGCUGAUGUUUCGGACCAGGACUGAAAAGAAAGGGGGAACACACCAGAAUAAAAAGGUGUGUGUGGGGCCAGGGGUGGGGUAGGGGUCUAGCCAGAAGGCGAUGGGUGGGAAAGGUAAAGGGGCUGAGAAAGAAGGAAUCUGACAGUGGACCAUGGGAGAAAGAGAUGGAGGAGGCGACCCAGGGUGAUGUGAUCUGCAGGAGAGGAGAGGUACAAGGCAGAGUGGGGAAUAGAGGAGGGGGGGGGAAUAAUUAUUCUAACGGAAGGAAAAAUCGAUAUUCAUACCAUCAGGUUGGAGGUUACCCGGACGGAAUAUGAGGUGUUGCUCCUCCACCCUGAGGGUGGCCUCAGCUCAGCACAGGAGGAGUCCGUGGGCCAACUCCUCUUGUACCAGCCCCUAGUAAUCUGGAUUCUUUCCUCGUACAGCCCUUUUUCAGCAGAAAUCUUCCACAGUGUACCUUGGGUCAGUAAAGUGGUCAGGUGUAAACUGGACUCUGUUUUUCCUUCACCAGGAAGAAUGGUUUCAAUUGGUUUCGUGAGUUAACAAAAAAAAAAGGGUGUGAGAAUUUAAGCAACACACACAAAAUGCUGGUGGAACGCUGCCUGGCCUGCUGUGUUCCAUCAGCAUUUUGUGUGUGUUGCUUGAAUUUCCAGCAUCUGCAGAUUUCCUCGUGUUUGUGAGAAUUUAAUGCAGUUGUUUCAAUGUGAAGUUUGUGUACUCAGAAAUAUCAAUAACAAGCUUUUAUGUCUUUUUAAAUGACAAUCUGAAUGAAUACAUACCUCAGGUGUUAUACUCUGUACGAAAUUAUGGUCACUGUUUAAUUGGAGAUACGGGAUGUCCCAAAGUUCAAUGAGCAGCAUGUGAGCUCAGUACCUAAAAUGCUGAUUCUUCGGCUGACUGGUUCAGAUGUGAAAAAAGUAAGUGAAUACGAGAGGGCACAAUGAAGAAAACAAGCACACUUUUUGUUCAUUUUGGUCUAGUAAACUACAAAUUCUGAAUAAGUUACCAAAAAACAGUAAUUAUUGCUGACUGUGCUCCGUGAACUGAUGACUUAAAUCACAAAUGAGCUCUGGAAAGUAAAGUAUUUGGAUGGAAAUUACAAUGGGCAUUUACAAAUGGAGAAGAUAACAGCAUCUGUUAAUCAUAAGCUGGAACAAUUUGAUUCAUACUGGGAAAAUUGUUUUAACUACAUAAUGCCUCAUAGGCCUGAUUUUAUUCUCACAAAUCAAUGAAUAUGUUGUAAAAAAAGAUCACUCCCUACUUGUACAUAGUUUUUUCCUUUUGCUUGUUUUUUCUCUCCACUCUUUUCUAUAAGUGUAUACCCCAGAUAAAUACUAU